CAGUCUCCAUGUCUCUCUCUUUACACUUCACACUCUCAGUGUGAUACAGCUGAGUGGGUGAAAAACAAGGGAGGGAGGGAGAGAGAGGCAGCUUGUAUAAGGCAGUAGUCAAUCACUCAGUGCAGAGAGAGAGAGAAAGAGGGGGGGAGAGAGAGAGAGAGAGAGAGAGAUUGGAGAAGCAGCUAGUCGUUUUUCCCUCAGUCCUGGCUCUAAGUUUACAGGCAGCCAGGCAGAUUUUCUUGGCUUGGACGCAGCGCUCAUGACAGGAUUAGGAGCCGGGGACGCGGGACCAACCGGAGAUCUGCAGGUCCUAGUGGACGAGACCGAGCCAGAUUCUCUCCCUGCACAGCUGUGACUGGCCUCCUACGUCCUGUGACACCAAUCUUCCGACAGCAGUCUUCAAAGGUUGACCUGAUUACCAAGAGGCCUCCCUUCCUCUCCUCAUCUCUCCUUUCCCAUCAUGCGUCUGAUCACCACCCUCCUCCUCUUGCUGCUCCUCCGGUCAGCUGAGCCCCGGAGAGGCCCUAGGUCAAGGGCUGUGGAGAGGGGCGCCAGGGGCCGUGUACGGGGCAGAGGCAGGGCCGGGGUCAUGAGGCGUCAAACUCAGGAGUGUAAGGAGUACAUGGAGGCAGGAGAGAAGUACCUGGACUGCCAAGACAGGCAGCUGACCACCGUGAUGCAAGACUGGCCCAAAGAUAUUCACCACCUGCUGCUGGCCAGAAAUAAGAUUCAGGUUUUGAGGGACAACAUGUUCUCCCAGUUCACCCAGCUGAGGAGCCUGGACCUCCAGCAGAACGACAUCUCCAUGGUGGAGGAGCGAGCGUUCAGCGGCCUCUCCCAGCUCACCACCCUGCUCCUCCAGCACAACAGACUGAAAACAGCCUCCGAGGAGGUCCUGCUCCCUCUGCCCCGACUUACCUACCUCCGUCUCUAUGACAACCCCUGGAGCUGCCACUGCUCAUUGGACAGCCUGGUCACAACCCUGCAGGUGCCUAGCAACCGCAACCUGGGCAACUACGCCAAGUGCGCAGAGCCCCUUUCGCUGAGGGGCCAGAAACUGAAGAAGGUGAAUGUGGAUUCGCUGUGCGCUAAUGACAACCAGGUGGACAGGAGGCCGGGGAGUGGAGAGGAGGGGCGACCAAGACCUCCACCAAUCAAGGUGAAGCCAGAAGCUACAUCCAUGUGUCACACCUACAUGUUCCCCAAACCUAAGCUGGACUGCAGCAACAAAGAUUUGAAUAACAUCCCAUCUGAUCUGCCAUCUGACAUAGUGAAGAUGGAUCUGUCCCGUAACACCAUCAAACAUCUCAGGCCCAAGCAGUUCCUGCUGUCCAAAGACCUCAAGCUGCUUAACCUUAGCAGCAACAGCCUGCAGCAUAUAGACACAGCUGCAUUUGCAGGCCUGCUGUACCUCCAUGAGCUCGACCUGUCCAACAACAGCCUCCAUUACUUCCAGUACGGUGUGCUUGAGGACCUCUACUUCCUACGGAAGCUCACGCUGGACAACAACCCCUGGAUCUGCGACUACAACAUCCACUACCUGACCUACUGGCUAAAGCACCACCCUGGCGUCUCCUACACCGGCCUGAUCUGCUCCGAGCCGCAGGAGUUCCGGGGCUGGCGCGUUGUGGAUUACGUGAAGACCUACAACGGGGAAUGUCCCAAGGAUAAACAAAUAGGAGGGACGGAUACAGGACAGGCAGAACAAGGGGGAACGGAAAAUGAGGCACAGGCCGGAGAGGAGACAGCUGAGGGGGUUCUGCCGAGGCCCCUGAAGGAGAAGAGGCCGAAUAGGUUUGAGAUCAUCAGGCUGAGUUAGAAUGGAGGUAGUUCUGUGGAUUGUUAUGGUUUAGUAUAGAGGGAAAUUUACGCAAGAGUGUUGGACUGAAAUGGAGGUCUGUGGACAGGCUGAAGAAUGGAUUAAUAAAGGUAGACUCAGUGAUUUUACGUUUAAAAAUGCCACUGUGACCAGUUUGAAGUACAAUUCUGGGAUAAUUAUUCAGUCGUAAGAUGUCUUUUUAGUAAUCAGUAUUUUCAAUCUUGUGUGGAUAACAGAGGAGCACAUUUUGGGAUGUUAACAUCUUCCUCAGAGAUAAUUAGUUGCAAUGUUGUAUUGCUGAGUUAACCUUUACACAGUGAGUUAGGAGAUGGUAUUUGAGCUUUUGUUUUAUCUUUUUUGCAGAAAAUCCCUAAUCUAGUCUGUAUCAGAUCUAAUCUACCCCACCCGCACCCCAGCAUCCCUACCCCCCAACAAAAAAAAAAAAACUUCUUUCUGAGUUUGACUGCAGGUGAUCUCUUUUUUCUGUUAGUCAUUUUGAUAUUGAGUUCAGGAUAUACUUAGUUUUUGGUCUUUUUUGUGUUAAUUAAUGUAUGAUGUUGUCGACCUGAUUUAUGGAAAUAAAACUGGGUUUAUUUUUUC